UGGUGUUGGUGGUGCUGGUGGCAGCGGCGGCGGCGGCGGCGGCGCCUCCUCUUCGUCUUCCGCGGCCCAGCGCUCGCACCGCUGUCUCCGCUUCUCAGUCGUAGCCGCGCCGCCGGGUGCCGCCGCGCAGUGCCCACUCCGCACGCCGGGCGGCCGGGAGCCGCUGCCUCUCGGAGGGAGGUGAUAACAGAAUUCAUAGAAGUAAAGAAUUGUUAAAAACGGUAACAAAAAGGAAAGAAAAAUGCCGAAACCAAUCAAUGUAAGAGUAACGACGAUGGAUGCUGAGCUGGAAUUUGCCAUCCAGCCAAAUACAACUGGCAAACAACUUUUUGAUCAGGUGGUGAAGACAGUUGGUUUGCGUGAAGUCUGGUUUUUUGGGCUGCAGUAUGUAGACAGCAAAGGUUAUUCUACAUGGCUUAAACUAAAUAAAAAGGUCACCCAGCAAGAUGUUAAAAAAGAAAAUCCAUUACAGUUCAAAUUUAGAGCUAAAUUCUUCCCUGAAGAUGUUUCUGAGGAAUUAAUUCAAGAAAUAACCCAGAGACUUUUCUUCUUGCAAGUUAAAGAAGCCAUCUUAAACGAUGAGAUCUAUUGUCCACCAGAAACUGCAGUUCUUCUGGCUUCCUAUGCUGUUCAGGCCAAGUAUGGAGAUUAUAAUAAAGAGAUUCAUAAACCGGGCUACCUGGCUAAUGACAGACUCCUGCCUCAACGGGUUUUGGAACAACACAAACUGACAAAAGAGCAGUGGGAGGAAAGAAUACAGAACUGGCAUGAAGAACAUCGAGGAAUGCUGAGGGAAGAUUCUAUGAUGGAAUACCUGAAGAUUGCACAGGAUCUGGAAAUGUAUGGAGUAAAUUAUUUUGAAAUAAAAAAUAAAAAGGGAACCGAACUCUGGCUAGGUGUUGAUGCUCUGGGUCUGAAUAUUUAUGAGCAUGAUGACAAGUUAACACCUAAAAUUGGUUUUCCCUGGAGUGAAAUCAGAAAUAUUUCAUUUAAUGACAAAAAAUUUGUUAUAAAGCCAAUUGACAAAAAGGCACCUGAUUUUGUUUUUUAUGCACCUCGUUUGAGAAUCAAUAAGCGGAUUUUGGCCUUAUGUAUGGGAAACCAUGAGCUGUAUAUGCGCAGAAGGAAGCCCGACACGAUUGAAGUACAGCAGAUGAAGGCUCAGGCUAGAGAGGAGAAACACCAGAAGCAGCUGGAAAGGGCACAGUUAGAGAAUGAAAAGAAGAAAAGAGAAAUAGCAGAAAAAGAAAAGGAAAGAAUAGAACGUGAGAAAGAGGAACUAAUGGAACGUCUAAGGCAAAUUGAAGAACAAACACUGAAAGCCCAAAAAGAACUAGAAGAACAAACUCGAAAAGCUCUAGAGCUGGACCAGGAACGAAAGCGAGCGAAAGAAGAAGCAGAACGCCUUGACAAGGAGCGGCGAGCUGCCGAAGAGGCCAAGUCAGCCAUAGCGAAACAAGCUGCUGACCAGAUGAAGAAUCAGGAACAGCUAGCAGCGGAACUUGCUGAAUUCACUGCCAAGAUUGCACUUCUGGAAGAAGCCAAGAAGAAAAAGGAAGAGGAAGCAACUGAGUGGCAGCACAAAGCUUUUGCAGCCCAGGAAGACUUGGAAAAAACCAAAGAAGAGUUAAAAACUGUGAUGUCAGCGCCCCCUCCACCUCCACCACCACCAGUCAUUGCUCCAACGGAAAAUGAACAUGAUGAACACGAUGAGAAUAAUGCUGAGGCCAGUGCUGAAUUAUCCAACGAAGGGGUGAUGAACCACAGAAGUGAGGAAGAACGCGUAACAGAAACACAGAAAAAUGAGCGUGUUAAAAAACAGCUCCAGGCAUUAAGUUCAGAAUUAGCCCAAGCCAGAGAUGAAACUAAGAAAACACAAAAUGAUGUUCUUCACGCCGAGAACGUUAAAGCAGGCCGUGACAAGUACAAGACUCUGCGACAGAUUCGACAAGGCAAUACAAAGCAGCGUAUUGAUGAGUUUGAAGCAAUGUGAGAGCUGUUCGUUUGCAUACGUGUUCCUCAUAAGCUGAACCACCAUCAGAGAAAAGCAGGCCUUUGCAGAUGUGAUGGAAUGCAUCCCACCUUGCCAAAGCACUUAAUACCAGUUUGACUGUGGUGGCUAACAAAUUUAAGGGGAGCUCUUCAGCAUUAAGGCAGUGUGAUGUCAUGAUUGGUUUUCUUUCAGGGCAGGGAGUGGAGAACAGUGAUUUGUUGCCUCCUUUCAUAUUUUCCAUUUUCCAUUUUUUUCCUGUUAAAUUAACACUAAUUAUCAUGUCCGAAUGUGUAUGUGUGGUUUGAACAUUUUGUACAUUUUAAAGCAUAAUGGUGUUUACAUAGAGCUGUUUUCUCUUGCCCCUUCUGUAUUUUUAACCUGCAUGCAUUUCCACAUUCUCACGCCCACAUUUUUCAGUGUGCCUUUUUCAUAAUCUGCCAUGAUAGAUCAUUGGCAAUGCUUAAAAUGAUGGCAGUAGAGUGCAGUCUGAUCAUUGUAUAGGCGAUGGCUGUGGAUAAUACUGUAGUGUGCAGCUAAUUUGCAGUCUUGGAUAUUUGCUUAAUUACCGUCAUCUAACAGCAGAACCAAGUGGCAUUUGUUUCCUGUAGUUCCCUCAUGGUUUUCCUUGCCUGCUGCUUCAGAAGUGUAGACAACAGGUUCUUUAGGAUAGUUUCUGGAAAAAACACUGGGAGAUUUAGAAAAUUACUUUUCAUUUUUUUUUUUUAAGAAAAUCAAAUGUUUAAUAAAAAACACAUAAACUUGCUGGUAGUUUAUUUUGUUCACUAAGAAAAUCCCUUUCCAUUUCUGGAAAGGCACCAUGUGAAAACCCCCACCCAGGAAGGGAACAGGGCCACUACCUCACUGUUAGACCUGUGCUGGCUUUGUCAAACAUGAGUGUGUACACUGUUCAUACUGCACAGUGAUAGACUCGAUCGUGAAGCACUGCUCACAAGAUCUCAUUUUCUUUCAGAAUACCUGAGUGCUAAAUUGCCCUUGUUGAGCUGAACUGCGGGACUCUGAUUUGUAUUAAAAUUAAAAGCUUUCACUGGUGUACUAUCUUCCUGGAGGAGUAAUGUGUGCUGUAUGUGAGUGUCUGAGAGAAAUUACCUUUGUAGCAUAAGAAUGUUGUUUUCUGGUGUCAGUUACAUAAUCAUACUUGAUUUUGAUUUCUAAAUCAGUUUAUUUUCAAAAGCAAAUCUGGUUCAUAUUUUAGAAACUUGUAGAUUAAUAUCAAUUAUGUCUUAUUGAAGAUAUUCUUCCAAUUAAAAAUAUUCUGAUUUUUUUCCCCUUGGUAAGGUUCCUAGAUUUGAAGUUACAGAGAGCCUUGUUUUCUCUGUGUGGUUCAGCUACUUUUCCAUUGGUAUUAUGCACAUUUAUCUGUUAAAAUUGCCAUUUUAUUAAACAUUUUUUCAUGCACAGUAGAUUGACAUUGUGUCUAAAAAAAAGUCUUGUGCUUUGUUUUGCUGACUUUAAAAGGAUUAAUCUGGGCAGACAUGAAAAGGAAAGCUGCAUUUAAUAUAUAUUUCUGACUCUACAAGACAAAAGAUAACUGGAUAACUUAAAGUGACUGUUGUACAGAGGUGGUCCCACAUGAUUCAAAACCAUAGCAUAUUUUUAUCAGUAGUACAUCGGGGCACAGAUAAUGGAUUCCACUGCUCAGACUUAAGUUCCACUUUCCAGAACAUUCAGCAUUGCCAUAAUAGGUGAAAACCUGGACUUCCACUUGUCUUGUUCCCCUGUGUGCGUUACCAUUGCUACACCAGUUUGAUACAGUGUUGAAAAAUUACCAGUUAUAUUUGCUGUUUAUAA